AAUUCUUACAACUAUAAAUAUUCAGAACGAUAUCGGUGUCAAAGCAAGGAACUUUGCCCUGCUCAACAUAUUGUGGUUUCUGGUUAUCCAUCAAGAAUCGUGAGACUAUGGCGAAGAUGAUAAUUACUGGGGAAAUUCUAUUCAUCCUGAUGUUGCUAUUGCUUAAGGAUAGUGGGCAAGUCAACAAUGACAAUGAAGAAAAGCAAACAUUUAAUGAUUUUAAUACACUCAUCUUCACUAAAUCUUAUGAAAUUGACUGGAUGAGAUCUAUAAACAACAACAAGUUAAUCUCUACCAUCACUAUUCCUGGUGCUCAUGAUGCCAUGGCCCUUUAUGGAGGACCAGCAGCAAAAUGCCAGUCAUUGUCUUUAGAGCACCAGCUUCUGGCUGGGAUACGCUACUUGGACCUUAGAGUGUCUGGGGAAAAUUUGAAAAUUAAACAUGGAAUAUUUUACCAACAUAUAACAUUCCCGGAGGUUCUCAACAUAAUCAAGGAUUUUUUAUCUAAACACAAAAGUGAGACGGUGCUUGUCAGAGUUAAGCCUGUUAAUUGGUUUAAAGGGAGAGUUCAAAAUUUGAUUCAGAAUAUAAUUAAUAAUGACAAUGAUGUCUGGAUCAGUAAUUCAAUACCAAACAUAGGUGAUGUAAGAGGAAAGGUUGUUUUGGUUCAGAAAGAAAGCUUUACUCUGGGUAUCCCUCUGUUUAGCACUGACAACAAUGGAGACUAUAAAGUAACUGAUAUUAAUGACAAAAUUGUAAAAGUUCAAUCGCAUCUGAUGGAAGCUGCUAAUAAAUGUACAAAUAAAGUUCCUAGUGAAGUUAUUCUGAGCUAUUCAAGCGGCACAAGCGUUGGUACACGCAAGGGGUUUACUUUGAUGCCAAGUACAGUGGCAAAGAACAUCAACCCUUGGCUGUAUGAUUAUCUUAAAACGGCAUAUGAAAUGAACCCCAAGUCUUGUUAUGGGAUCAUAGCCAUGGACUUCCCAGGCUUUGACUUGAUUCAAAUGAUCAUCAAAUUCAAUACCUAGAUUUUCCAGUCUGUCAUUUUAGCAAUUUGUUUAUCAACUGAUUCACUCUCAUCACAUUCAUGA